ACCAACGCCAAGCGCAGAACCUGUGCUGGGGCUCCCGCCUCUUCUCUGUGGAUUGGCCGCGGCGACAGCCAAUCAACUAGCGGAUUGGGGGGAUUUGGGCGCGAGGAUUGGCUGGCGGGCUCAGCGGCCGAGUGGUGGCGGGGUUUCCGGUUCCGGUGUGAGGCACCGGCGGCAGCGGCAGCAGCGGCAGCAGCAGCGGCGGGUGGGAUCAUGAUGGGGCCGAGCGCGGCGGAUGCGGCGGAGCAGGAGGAGCGCUUCGACGGGAUGCUGUUGGCCAUGGCCCAGCAGCACCAGGGCGGCGUGCGGGAGCUUGUGAACACGUUCUUCAGUUUCCUCAGACGUAAAACUGAUUUCUUCAUAGGAGGAGAAGAGGGAGUAGCAGAGAAGUUAAUCACAGAGACGUUCAACCACCACAACAAGCUGGCUCAGAAAGAGCGGCAGGAGAAAAAGGCCCGGCAAGAGGCAGAACGGCGUGAAAAGGCAGAGCGAGCUGCCAAACUCGCUAAAGAAAAGAAGCAGGAAGAUAAUGAGCCAAGGAUCAAGGAGCUUACAGAGGAAGAGGCGGAAAGGUUGCAACAGGAAAUUGACCAGAAAAAAGAGCGAAAACAAGAUGAGCCCAAAGAUGUCUCAGUGAAACCCUGUGAGAAUCAAACGGAAUCUCCAGAGCCCAGCAAACAGGAGACUGAUGACGAAGAAGAAGAUGAGAAGGAUAAAGGAAAACUUAAACCAAACUCUGGGAAUGGGGCUGACCUUCCAAACUAUAGGUGGACACAGACCCUUUCUGAACUGGAUCUGGCCAUCCCAUUCAAGGUGAGCUUCCGGCUGAAGGGGAAGGAUGUGGUGGUGGACGUUCAGAGACGGCACCUGAAAGUGGGGCUGAAGGGUCACCCCCCAGUGAUUGAAGGCGAUCUAUACAAUGAAGUGAAGGUGGAGGAGAGCUCCUGGCUGAUUGAGGAUGGUAAAAUAGUCACCGUGCACCUGGAGAAGAUCAACAAGAUGGAAUGGUGGAGUAAGCUAGUCCUCACGGACCCAGAAAUCAACACCAAGAAAAUUAACCCAGAGAACUCAAAGUUGUCAGACCUGGACAGUGAAACUCGCAGCAUGGUGGAGAAAAUGAUGUAUGAUCAACGUCAGAAAUCCAUGGGGCUCCCCACAUCUGAUGAACAGAAGAAGCAGGAUAUACUGAAAAAGUUCAUGGAGCAACAUCCAGAAAUGGACUUUUCAAAGGCUAAAUUCAACUGAGCCCCUCUUUUCCCCCUCCACCCCUUUGAGACAUACCAUGGAAUGGGGCAGGAUGUGCAUGGGCCGGGGGGAGGGAAGGGUCAUCUCCUGACCUUGGGCGAGUAAACACUCCUGUCGUCCCCAAGUGAACUUGCCACGGAAGCAGCUUCAUGACUGGCAUCCUCGCUGUUGUCAGUCCAGCACAAUGCAAGGCCCUUGUAUCAGUUUGCAGCAGCAGCAGCGCCUGUCAGACCCGUAGCCAGCUGGCUCACAUUUAUAUAGAUCCCGAGGACCUUGCUUGGCAGAGAGGAGGAAGUAAAGCAAAAAAGGCUAGGCAAGUCAGGCUAAAGCAAUGUUUGAAUAUCUCGUGGGACUGUCACUUGCCUCUUGGGACCCACUAACCCCAGUCCUUGGUUAAGAACCAGUCUAGUUGUGACAGGAGGGCAGCUGAUGCAGCUGUCCUCCCAGCUCCUGCUUUGAAACUGGGCAGUUGGAGGCUUUAUGGGCAAAAUUCCAUCCCCCCCGCCCCCCAUAUGUACCUGCUCCAAAGCAAGCUGCACCUGUAAAACUUUUACAGGACACAGCACCCUGGCUAAGCCCCCCCCCCGCCGUGUUUAUCAGUGGAGCAGCUGUGGCAUUUGGGGUCUUGGUCCUACCUUCAGUAAUACAGCACUGCUCACAGUGGGUAAGUCCCUUAACUCUUCCUGCAUGACUGCUCUGCUCUCCUGUAGGAACAGUUGGCUUAUUCUGUAACGCUUUCCUAGCCUUCAUCUGUUUGCCGUGGAGGGAGCUCCUCAAUAAGGCCUGCCUUCACCCUUGGUCUUUGGAGUAGAGGCUAAUGUGCCAAUUAAACACCAUUUUAUCUACAACAGAGAAGGAUUUUUUACUCCUCCCAGUCCACACUGGUACAAAUCCAUUUCAGUUAUCAGAGGACAUUGCGCCACUAGUCACCACACUGCUGCUCAAAUUAGUGGGGAAGGGACUUUAUGGCCUUUCUAGCUUGGGGGAAGCCCUAGAGCUGAAUUGUGCCUGGGGAGUGAGGAGGGUUCAGUGGCUGAGCUGCCCACUGCAUGGGAUUGGCUUAGUGCUGUUGUUGGGCUUGGUGAAAGUGGGACAAGCAGCUCACUACAGAGUUGAGGGGAGAGGUCACUAAAGUGACAGAGGGGUGUGCUGAAAUUCUGCUGUCCUGUGAAGGAGGAACACCUAGGCCCUCUUGCUGUUGCAAAGGGAGGGGGUGGGUGGUAGGCAGGAGGGAGCCCUCUGGGCAGUGACCGCUCUUGCUGGAAGCUUGAUCUCUCCACCUAUGUCAAGUUAGUGUUUUCCAAGAGGCCUCCUCUCUUUCACCUGUUGAUUGGCCAGCAAGUGUCCCCUACAUUCUCUCCUCUCUGGGGUGCUGCUGACUUGAGUAACUUGUUUUCUGCAUGUUCAUAUCAUUGUUAAAGCUGCACUUGUAAAAUAAAGGAAAUAGGGGGA